AUCAUUUAGUGUAAUUUAUGUUGUUUAUAUAAAACGUAGGAGACACGCGAAUCAAGCUUUGUGAUGUCUCAGAUCUCAUAUAACGAUGUCGAGAUCAUUAGCCAUGUGUUUAGUGAUUUUAGGUGUGACUAGAGUAACCCAGCAAAUAUCAUCUAAAGUUGAUUUUGCGGAAGAAGAAUCAACAGUCGAGAAAACUUAUGACACCGAUGAGGAUCUUGAAGUGAAGCAUACUAUUGUCGUUUCUACGAAACUCAAAAACAAUAACCGAAGAGGACUGCAUACAGAUGGCGAUGCGGGUGUUCUUACAUACAAAUUUGGUAAUAAAAAUGCUAAUGAUGAGGACAGUGGUGAAGUUCCCAUAGUUAAAGCAUUCAAAUCAGUUGAAACAACACAGAUAAGAACGCCAGACUCUCGUGUCAAACCCGUAACAUAUACUUACCCAGAACUCGUUCUCCGCAAUAGAAAUUCACGUGACGAAUUUGACUUAUAUCCCAACUUAGCCACAAAUCCUAUGCAAUGGAAACCUUCAUCAUUCUUUAAUAAUGUAAACUGGUGGAAUCAAGACAAUGCUCAUUUCGAUAGUCACGCCAGGAGAAGCAGACCUGAUUACCAAAAGUUUAAUAGAAGAGUGAAUGAUGAUGGGGUCAGAGAAUUUUAUUGCAAAAAAUGUAGAGAAAUGAAUGGUCUGAGAGGAUGCAUCCAACCGAAAACGAACUCUCUGUUCCUUGAAAGUACGACACCGAAAAUUAAAAUUGAUGGAAAAUUAGCUAAAUUAAAUUGAUAAUGUAC